CUUGUCUUUAUAAGACAUUGCCCUCUGAAAAAGUCCCCUUUCAGCAUCCUCCUUCAGCCAUGUUAUGUCUGCGCUGGUGAGCCCAUAAGGACCAGACUCCCACAUUUUGUGCCAACCCUCAAGCGUCACCUGGUAGUAUAACAGAGACAAAUUCUUAUGUAAUAAACACCUAAACAGUUUCCUUGUCUAACAACCACUGACUACUUAGACCGUUACCUCAGGAUGUGCUGUGUCUGCUGGAGGAGCUGCUGGAGGAGCUGAUGCAUGAGCUGCUGUAGGAGCUGCUGGAGGAGCAGAUGCAGGAGCUGCUGGAGGAGCUGCUGGAGGAGCUGAUGCAUGAGCUGCUGUAGGAGCUGCUGGAGGAGCAGAUGCAGGAGCAGAUGCAGGAGCUGCUGGAGGAGCUGCUGGAGGAGCAGAUGCAGGAGCAGAUGCAGGAGCUGCUGGAGGAGCUGCUGGAGGAGCAGAUGCAGGAGCAGAUGCAGGAGCUGCUGGAGGAGCUGCUGGAGGAGCAGAUGCAGGAGCAGAUGCAGGAGCUGCUGGAGGAGCUGCUGGAGGAGCAGAUGCAGGAGCAGAUGCAGGAGCUGCUGGAGGAGCUGAUGCAGGAGCUGCUGGAGGAGCUGAUGCAGGAGCAGAUGCAGGAGCUGCUGCAGGAGCCUUUAACGAGGUGAGAGCUUCCACCAGCAGAGCGUCAUCCGCCCAGCCACUAUCACCUUUGGACCCUGAUGAGCUGGAGCUGGCAGCUGCUGCGGGAGGGUCCCUGUCCUGUGGAGGUUUCUGUGAUGUACGGGUGGGUGACAUUUGC